AAUGCAAAGUGCAAUUAAUUUAAUAAAAGAAUAUUCUCCAUUGGCUGAGAUUAAUGAAGAUAGUAAAAAAAAAUUCUCAGAGCAGCUCAGAACUUUAGAAAAUCAGUGUGAAUGUACAGCAGCAGAGAUUAUUGAAUUUAUAGGUAUUCUCCACAAAGAGAUAUGCUACAAGAAAGGAUAUAUGUGCGAUACCCCAGGAUCAGAGGCUAUCACAAUUACUUGUCAAUUUUUGGACACAGUUAUGGAUCAAAAUUUAUCAUACGAAGAAGCAAAACCAGUAAACGAGGAGCUAAUGAAUAAGUUAACGAAUAUAUUUGAGAUUCAGGCUACCUGUUCAGGAAAUUUUAGUGCUGUCGAAGCAUUUCUUUCUAAUAGUUUAUUUAUUGAAUAUAUUGAGAAAGAUGUAUCGGAAGUUCAUAUUUCAAAAUGGCUUAAAAGUUUACGCAAAGAGUUUCAACCGAAGAAAAAGGACAAAAAUUCACUUUUAUGA